UUAGCUGAACUAAAUAUCUGACACGUCGCACUUUGACACACGCCAAGGCUAGCUUGAACUUACCAACAAUUAGCUCAUACGUUUCAUGAAUAAAAGCGUGUCGAUAUAGUUGUUAAAGAAAUCUUGAGCAGCCCUGGUGACAUUUUCAGGAGGGUAAUCUGUCGGAAAACUUGUGAACCGUAACCAGACGCGACGUUAGCCAAGCUGGUGACAGCCUAGCUAGCUGUGUUUCUGACAGCUGACUUGUAGCUAGCCGUGUUUGUUUAGGUUCAGUUUUCGUUUGCUUAAAGCUUCGUCAAGGCCCCUGGUCCACUUGAGAAAACGGUUUGCUUUGACUGCUCAGUGAAAAACCCCAGCUGGGCCAGCAUCACCUAUGGUGUAUUCCUAUGUAUAGAUUGCUCUGGCACACACAGGUCUCUUGGCGUGCACCUGUCCUUUAUCAGGUCCACCGAGCUGGAUUUUAAUUGGUCCUGGUUUCAGCUAAGAUGUAUGCAAGUGGGAGGCAAUGCCAGCGCGAUGUCAUUUUUCAGUCAACAUGGGUGCACAUCCAGCGCUGCCAAUGCCAAGUACAACAGCCGAGCUGCCCAGCUGUACAGAGAGAAGAUAAAGACUUUAGCCUCGCAGGCCACCAGACGCCAUGGCACUGAGUUGUGGCUCGACUGUCAGGCUCCUCUCUCCCCAACAUCGCCAGAUGACAAGCAGGUGGAUUUCUUCAGUCUGCAUUCACAGACUGUUCCUGAAAACCUGAACAUGGCCAAAAUGAGUCUGAGCUCCUCCACAUCAGAGACGACUGUAACCACAAAAGAAGAGGAAGACAAUAAUGGUAAUCUAGAGGAGGGUCCUAGCGUGGACAUGCUGAGUGUCUCUCCAAAAGCAAAUCCAGAGACUUCCUCUUUUCUCAAGAAGAAACCAGCUGCUGCCAAGAAAACCUUAGCCUCUAAGAAGGGUGGACUAGGUGCUCAGAAGGUGAGCAGCAAGAGUUUCUCCGAGCUGGAGAAGCAGGCUCAAGCUGCCGACAAGCUCAGAGAGAGCACUGGUGCCGCCAAGAAAAACAUUCAACCUGAGGAAUCCAUUGCUCCGUCCCUGCGUCUGACCUACAAAGAUCUUGAGCAGCAGAGGAAAAAGGAGGAGCAGAAGUUGAAGGGGUUGGAAGGGAAGAAGAAAGAGCAAGCUGAGAGACUGGGCAUGGGUCUCGGCAUGAGGAGUGGAGUGUCUCACUCUGUGACGUCAGACAUGCACAUGAUCCAGCAGGAGGAUCCGCAGGGGACCAAGACCACCAAAGUGCGACGGUUUACAGAGGAUGAUGAGGAUGAAGGGUCAUUCAGCUCAAGGGGUUUGUCCCGGUUUGAGGAUCAAACUGAAACGUCAGAUAAAUUCUCCUCGCAAUGGGAUGAUCAAAGCGAGGGAGGAGGCUGGAUGAGGGAGAGCAAGAAGCCAGAGCCGGAUUUCUUCAUGACCUCUGCUAUAACAUCAGUGGAUGAAAGGCCCACAUCCAGAAGAAAACCAGAACCAGUCGUAGAUCCGGGAGAAGCCCGGAUGAAGUUUGGAGACGUGAAAGCCAUCUCCUCUGACAUGUACUUUGGAAAACAAGAUAACUCUGAGUACGAGGCCAAAACGCAACUGGAAAGAUUUGCUGGGAGCUCUUCUAUCAGUUCAGCAGACCUGUUUGAUGAUCCAAAGAAACAGGCCGCGAGUUCGUACCGUCUGACCAACGUGCUGCCCAGCGCUCCUGACAUGUCGCAGCUCAAACUGGGCGUGCGCUCAGUCGCGGGGAGACUCUCUGUCAUGGCCAGUGGCGUCGUUAGCACAAUUCAGGAUCACUACAGCUCCUGAGUCAUGGUGCAUCUCCUCCUGGAUUCAGUGCCCUUAUAGUCGCCCUCCCAGUGUGUGUGACAGUCGCCCAUCUGAGGAGUGAAAGAACGACAAAUAUCAGUCAGUGCUGUGGGCAGAUCUGCUCUGUGACGCCAUCAGAAUGCACCCAGAAAUUACCAUGUAUACAUCUAUAACUAGUUUUGUAUUAUGACAUAGUGUACAUACAGGCGUUGUUAGAAGCAAGAAGGCCGAAGCACAAUGUUUUCGAAGGAAUCAUGCUUCCUAUAAGGCAUCUUGAAGGGAGAUUUAUGUCUAAAGUUUAGUUAUGAAGGAUGUUUAGUUUUGCCGUUUAUAACUUUAUUGCUUUAAAGGUCUGGGGAGGGUCAAAUAUGUAGAAAUGCUUUAUGUAGCAGUCUGAGAAGGUUUACGGUGGUAUGAAGAUGGGGUUUGCUUUUUCAUUCCAGUAGUUAGUGAGGCCAGAAAAACCUCUAAUUGGUAUAAAUACUCUUGCUUGUCUUCGCGGUGUUGUUUUGUGCUCUUUUCUUUUUCUUUUUCUUUUUUUUUUGCACAUUCCUGGAGAUUCGAAAGUGUCCUUUCCGUCCCCAAAGUGCACUUAUGUUUACUUUCUUUUCAAACACAGGACCAAAAUCUGAUAAAGAGGCCUUGGGGGACCAGAUAUAUGCAUUUCUUUAAUGCAUAUAAUAUCCACUAUGUAAAUUUAGCUCGUAAGCCUCAUUAUCUUGCAUAUGUUUGUCUCUGUUUUCAUAGGACAUGUGUCUGUAGGCACAAAAAGACAAGAUAGCAUUUAACCUAAAAGAUUGAAGGAAAAGUUUGACAUUGUGGGAAAAAUAAUAAUUUGCUUUCUUGGCCAGUUUUAGAUGAGAAGAUUGAUAAGCAAUACCCAGCAGCUGGUUAGCAUAUUUUAGCUUAAUUUAGCAUAGAGACUGUAGAGGUGGCAAGGCAGCUAUCCGAGCACAGAUGGUGACAAAAGACUGGGGGGUAAAAACUUUGGCUUUUUUGGAUGGAAUGUGUGGAUACCUUCCAACAGGGCAGGUUAGCUGUAUCCCUCUAUUCCCAGUCUCCACGCUAAAAUAAGCUAAACUAAGAUAAGCUAAACUAAUCUAAACUAAGCUAACCAUCUGCUGGAUGUAGUUUCAGAUUUUAAGACACGUGAAAGUGACAAAGUCUAAUCCAUCACAGCAGAUAAGUGAUCAGUUGCACUAUGCAUUAUAUUCCAUUUUGUUCUGUGUCUCUCAAUCUAGUUACUCUUAAUCAGACACUUUAAGACAUUUUAGUCAAGAAUAUGUUCCACAAAAUAACCUGUAAAUGAAAUUAAUCUAGAGGAGUGCCUUUUAUGGAUUUUUGGGGUUGAAUUUGUAGCUGCUUUCUGUUAGAUUGGGUCUUCACGCUUUGGUUUGUAUUUAAUUGUAUUUAAUUUCACACUCUUAAUGCCUCUUGAACUCUAGAAUUCGCUGAUGCAGUGGGACCUCUUUGUAGCUUUCAGGCCCCACGAUACAGCAACACAAGUCCACUUAAGAUGAAUGCAACAAUCCAUUUCAAACCAAUCAUUUUCAUUCAGUUCAGUUCAUUUAUGUUGCUGUAACAUACUGCCAAGGUCAUUAAUUCUGUCAAAUGUAACAGAGCUGUUGAUGCGUAACAAGUAGCACUACAGGUGGUGAGUUAGCAGCUUGAUAUCCAAUCAUGGAUUUGGUAUGGAAUAAAUAUGGCUUGUCCUUUAGCAUUUAGAUAAAGUUAGCCAUAAUGCUAAAAAAAAAAAAAGUAACUUCAGAUAUGUAGUUGUGCAGACUUUUAGAAAGUAGAGGUUUUGCAGCCCUGAUCAGGAACAGGAUGAUUAUAUUACUGAGCAAUUUCUGUACUUGUUAUUCUUGCUUCUCAGGAGUUUGUGGUGUUGAAUACGCUAAAAGAAGAGGGCGAAGUGAAAGUUUGUUUACUCCAUCACUCUUUGCCUUAGUCCAAAGAUUUCUAAUACACGCACCCUCAUUUUGCAAUACCGUGGAGUCCUCUAGUUAUCCUAUUUUGCACAUAAUUUUUUUUAGAAAUUGCACGUGGCAGCUUUUGCUUUUUGAAUGUACUGUAUUGCGGUUGCCUCUACUUUGACGUUGUGUCCAUUUUUGUAUUUUGUCGAUCUUUGUAAGACUGUUGGUGUCUUCUGCUGUUGAAUAUUGUUACAUGAAAGAAUAGUAGCUGGUGUAAUUUGCAUGGCCCUUGUAGUUAAUUGCUUACACAUCCUGAAUACUAGACAGCUGGAACCCAUAUAUUAAUUUGAUAUUAAAGGAAUAAGGGAUAACUGUACAAUAGGCUGAGAACUGCUACAUACAGUGUUGUAUGUGGCCUUGAAUUACCAUUUAUAGAAAGCUACUGAUAAUCAAGUUUAAAUUUAUUUUGACAUUCAAAAUCUAAGUAAGAGUUUUUCGAAACCUGCCAAAUAAAUGGCUUGUGCUUAACCUG